AUGAAGGUCAUCCUGCUAAGUUCCCUCCUGGGAUUGCUCUGUGUGUCCCUGGUACAUACAGAUGUCCUGGUACAGCCAGACUUUGAUGCCAAACAGUUUUCAGGCUUGUGGUAUGUUGUUUCCAUGGUGUCAGAUUGCAAGGUCUUCCUCGGCAAGAAGGAAAAUAUAUUGAUGUCAACAAGAUUUAUAAAUGCCACAGAGGAUGGCAACCUCAGUGUCCACAUGGCCUUACCUCGGGCUGAUGGCUGUAAGACAAUGGAUGCAGAGUAUAUGAAGAUAGGGUCAGAAGGUCAUUACAAAGUACCUGCUAGUGGCUACCUGGAUGUGCGUGUGGCUGAGACCGAUUACAAAUCCUAUUGCAUCCUGUACAUCUACAAGGAGCUGGAUGGGGUACUCAGCACCAUGGUGCAGCUAUUCAGUCGAACCCAGGAUGUGCAUGCCAAGGCUCUGAGGGCAUUCCAGGAUUUCUAUCCUAUUGUGGGACUUGAGGAUGACAUGAUGUCCAUCCUCUCCAAGUCAGGGAAAAGCCUAGAGAAGCCUUCUUCAGUCACCAACAGAGAAAACAUGAUCAGCAAGGAGUCACAGAUCUUGGAGUACUUCUUGGAGACUCCAUCGGGGGAGUUCUUCACAUUCCUCCUCUAUGAUCCUGCUUUUGGGGUUCUUCCUGGAAUUUUCCCUUCUGUAUUGAAUAAAUAG